CCCCCGCCCCCGCCACGCCUGCUUCCUAUAAAUUGCGGCUGCAGCCUCCCCCGAGCGCUCUCUGCUCCCCUGUGCGUCAGACAGCCUCUCCUCCUCGCUGUGCCAGCAGCCACAACCCUGAGACACGAUGGUGAAGGUCGGAGUGAACGGAUUUGGCCGCAUUGGGCGCCUGGUCACCAGGGCUGCUUUUAACUCUGGCAAAGUGGAUAUUGUCGCCAUCAAUGACCCCUUCAUUGACCUCAACUACAUGGUCUACAUGUUCCAGUAUGACUCUACUCACGGCAAGUUCAAGGGCACAGUCAAGGCUGAGAACGGGAAGCUGGUCAUCAACGGGAAGUCCAUCUCCAUCUUCCAGGAGCGAGAUCCCGCCAACAUCAAAUGGGGUGAUGCUGGUGCCGAGUAUGUUGUGGAGUCCACCGGUGUCUUCACUACCAUGGAGAAGGCUGGGGUGAGUGGCAGGGAGGCUACAGAUGGAGUUGGCAUCUUAGACCGAGAAAGGUACAGUGGGAAGCAGAGUCUGCUGGAUAUGCAGCCCCUUGUAACGCCUCCUCUGCUGCAGGCUCACUUGAAGGGUGGAGCCAAGAGGGUCAUCAUCUCUGCCCCUUCUGCGGAUGCCCCCAUGUUUGUGAUGGGUGUGAACCAUGACAAGUAUGACAACUCCCUCAAGAUUGUCAGCAAUGCCUCCUGCACCACCAACUGCUUGGCCCCCCUGGCCAAGGUCAUCCAUGACAACUUUGGCAUCGUGGAGGGACUCAUGACCACAGUCCACGCCAUCACCGCCACCCAGAAGACCGUGGAUGGCCCCUCUGGGAAGCUGUGGCGUGAUGGCCGAGGGGCUGCCCAGAACAUCAUCCCUGCUUCGACUGGCGCUGCCAAGGCUGUGGGCAAGGUCAUCCCUGAGCUGAAUGGGAAGCUCACCGGCAUGGCCUUCCGUGUCCCCACCCCCAAUGUGUCGGUGGUGGAUCUGACCUGCCGCCUGGAGAAAGCUGCCAAAUACGAUGAUAUCAAGAAGGUAGUGAAGCAGGCAUCAGAGGGCCCCCUCAAGGGCAUCCUGGGCUACACUGAGGACCAGGUGGUCUCCUGCGACUUUAACAGUGACACCCACUCCUCCACCUUUGAUGCUGGGGCUGGCAUCGCCCUCAAUGACCACUUUGUCAAGCUUGUUUCCUGGUAUGACAAUGAAUUCGGCUACAGCAACAGGGUGGUGGACCUUAUGGUCCACAUGGCCUCCAAGGAGUAAGAGUCCCCUGGACCACCAGCCCCAGCGAGAGGAAGAGAGGCCCUCCGCUGGUGGGGAGUCCCUGCCCCAGAUCGAACCCCUGACACACUGAGAAUCUCCUGACCACACACUGAGAAUCUCCUGACCACCGUUUCCAUCCCAGACCCCCUGGAGAAGGGGAGGGGCCUAGGGAGCCCUGCUUUGCCGUGCACCAUCAAUAAAGUUCACUGUACCCAGCCA